UGUUAGCCGUGCGGGAUGCUGAAUCCGUAGAAGAGGCUCAGUCGUAUUGCCUGGGCCCUCUCUGUCGCACGGCUAACACCCGGAUCGGCGAGAUCGUGCGAGGCUGGUGGGUAUCCGCGUGCCGCGAGAGGAGCCGAUUUCCUCCCUUGGGCGAGGGCACUUUUUCGUCGCGACGGAAAGAAAAUCGUGACGCGCGGCGGGAUGGAUACGUCCGCGUGAGAGGGAUGCGCUGCACGAUUUCACUGGGGUAGCCGGCGAGCUCACAUCCGGAAGCGGACGAGAACGAACACGUACGGUGCGGCGAGGAGGAUGGGGGUGUACGUGACGGGCGUAAUCGGCGUGAUUGUGUUUUACAUCGCGGUGCUGGCCGUCGGCAUAUGGGCUGCGGCGUUCAAGAGAAGGCAGGCCGCGCAGGGCCAUCUACAGGAUGACAUGAUGCUGGCGAACCGACGCCUCGGCCCCCUGCUCGGCGUUCUCACCCUUAUCGCGACAUGGGUCGGAGGAGCCUUCGUCAACGGGACCGCCGAGGCCAUGUUCACGAGGGGUCUAGCCUGGUGUCAAGUGCCUAUCGGGUACAGCCUCAGCCUGAUUUUCGGUGCCCUGCUCUUCGUGCGCCCGAUGAGGAAGGCCGAGUACGUGACGAUGCUGGAUCCCUUUCAAGAACGAUACGGCGCGGGCGUCGGAGGCUUGCUCUUCCUUCCGGCGCUCUGCGGCGAUCUAUUUUGGUGCGGCGCCGUCCUGAGAGCGCUGGGAAGCUCGCUGGCGGUCGUCGCCGGCGUCGAUCCGAACAUCAGUGUUUGCGCGUCCGCGCUCUUGGCAGCCAUAUACACGGUCUUCGGCGGGCUGUAUUCCGUGGCGUGCACCGACGCGCUGCAACUGCUGUGCAUCCUGGUGGGUUUGGUGAUAGCGGCGCCGUUUUCCAUGGUGCACCCCGCGGUGUCGUUCGAAAACAAUCUGACCACGAAGGACUGGCUGGGACACGUGAAGAAUGAGGACCUGGGCGAGUGGGUGGACGGUAUGCUGCUGCUGGUGUUUGGCGGUAUACCUUGGCAGGGUUACUUUCAACGAAUCCUGAGUAUCAAGAGCACUUCCGUUGCGACGACUCUAUCAAUCGUCUCGAUGUUCGGUUGCCUGAUACUCGCGGUACCAUCGGCCGUAAUCGGGGUGGUCGCACGUGCCACCGACUGGUCCAUGGUCCCGGGCUACAACGGAACAUUCACCACGGACGAUGGAAACGCCGCGUUGCCGAUGGUCCUGCGGUAUCUCACGCCCCAAUGGGUCUCUUUCGUUGGUCUCGGGGCGAUCUCGGCGGCAGUAAUGUCCUCGGCGGACUCCAGUAUACUCGCCAGCAGCUCCAUGUUUACCAGGAAUGUCUACAAACUCACGAUACGGCCAAAAGCGUCCGAGCGUGAGCUAAACUGGGUCCUGAGAAUUUCCGUAAUCGCGGUUUCUAUCCUGUCCACUCUCGUCGCCCUCACGGUCAGCAGCGUUUACUACCUUUCGUACUUGUGCUCCGAUCUCGUCUACGUCGUUCUGUUUCCGCAAUUAUUAGCCGUUAUUCAUUGGCCUAGUAUGGUGGAUACUUAUGGCUGUCUAGCGGGCUAUUUCAUCGCUAUCGUCCUGCGUCUCGGUGGCGGUGAAAGAGGCCUCGGCAUACUUCCGCUGAUCGAAUAUCCUUUCUACGAUAAGAGGACGCGCACUCAGAAGUUCCCCUUUCGCACCGCCGUCAUGAUAAUCGCCCUCUUCACUCAGCUCUUCACCAGUUUCCUCGCCAGAACUCUGCUCGGAAAAGGAUACUUUCCACAAUGCUGCGACGUGCUGAAUAUAUACUCGCCUGGGAAGUCCAAAGAAUCGUCGGGCGUUGUGCAAAGCAGCUCCGGCGCCGCUCUCAUGGAUUCAUCUUCGAAAUCGACGUCGGGCAUAGAUUCCUGCGACGGCGUCGGCACAUACGUUUAUGACGAUGAAAGAACCUGCGGCCACGAGGACGCGAUCGAUCGCGGCGACGGCGACGCGAUGAUCGUCAGCAAUCUCGCCUCGCCGAAAAUGAAGAACAUCGGGACGAUCAUGCCACGUGCGAACCACAAUAUGCCGAGUCAGCAGAAUCUGCGUAGCGCGGUGCCGACGCCGGCGCGGCACGUCUCCAUGGCGAGUCCGUUGUACACGCCGAUACUGCCGCUACAGAACGACGCGUGCAGAGAUCAAAUCCUCGCGGUGAGAAAUCUGCGCAGUCCCACGAUCGGUCCACAGAUCCUCUCGCCCACCCGGUCGAUCGGGAUCCCGGCGACCCCGAUCGCUCCGUGCGCUCCCUCCUACGCCAAAGUGGGCUGCGAGCUCGGGCCGAGCAGCGAUAAGACGCGGAACAACGACCGGAUCAGCAUCGUCGACAGGAGCAACAUGGAGUAUAAUGCAAACGCUCAAGAGAACCCGCCCGCCAGCGUCGGUCCCAGAAAGUGCGUGAAGGGGGUGAAGCUCGUCGGCAUGGAGGGCGGCACGCUGCGGAGACCGUCGCUGCAGCUUCCGGUACAUAGCUCCCAUGAGACGGCGUUUAGUGUCGCGAGUCCUCAGAGCACAUUCUCGCCGACACCAUCAGUGGAGCUGGUCAACAUUCUGGAGAGGAGACAGAGCAACGGCUCGUUCGGACCGGGAUCCCUGUCCCCCGUGCCAGCGGCGGGAGUAGAGGCAUGCAAAACCCACGGAACCGCGUCUGAGGGACAGACCGGGAACGAGCAUUGCAAGAUAAAGAGAGGCAUCGUGCGACAUCACAGUUUGCGCAGCUUCAAUGACACAGGCGACCGAUCGUUGACGACGCUCGCCAGACAACCGAAUUACCCGUCGAUGCCGUUGAGGCCGGAGGAUUGCCGUAUGACAUUAGCAAGGAAGGACAAGCGCCUGGCCACCAUCGGCAGGCACUCAUCGAUGAACGAAACGGAGCUCAGCAGUCACACGAGUAGCAUGAUUGUCAGUCCCACCUUCAGCAUGUACAAUACGGCCGCAAAGAGCUCUAAUUAUUUCGUCACCGAUGACGAAGCGAUCAGCAGGUUCUAAAACGGAGUUCCUAGGAUCUCCAGAACCGAAAACGAUAUACUUGCAAACACUUAAAAUGCAAAUGUCGACAUCGUUACGUUCAGCUGAUGCAAAAGAUUCCGUCGUUUUUUCAAUCAUCAAAUUAUAUAAUUUUUUUUAGAUAGAAGAUAGAGAGUAAAAUUAAGAGUAUGAGAUUUUGUAAAAAAAAAAGGGCAUUGAGAAACAUUUCUCUAAAUGGAAGGAAUAAGAGCAACGAUGAUUAUUUUGAUUGAGAACAUUACGUAUAAUUUCAUUUUAGAAUAUUAUAUUUGUUAUAUAGAACAAAUCUCUCGCAUCAGCUAUUCCACUGUUACGUCCCUCUUCUAAAACACACUUGGAGAACGCGAAACAACAAGGACAAUCAUAAAACCCGCCCCCGUCACUCUCUCAGCGUGCUCAAUCCUGUAAUUCUGUUCGUUAUGCAAUGGAUUCUAUCUAGACCUAUCACAAAUUUAUUACUUAUAUAUGCAGAAAAAAAGAUAUAUGUAUAUAUUGAGAAAUUGAGUCUCUCAAUCGAUGAGAUGGUCAGCAUAUGCCACUAUGUUAGUCAAUAGAAUUUAUACUGAGAGUUUUGUAUUACUCGACUCGAUACAAAAUGCAUUACACACUCAUACAUUUGAUAUUUUGCGUGCUGCAAUUUCUGUUACUAUUAUGUUAUCGCAUCUCACUCCCUGGUUUGAGUAAUAUUCAUUCAUGAAGAACCAAGUUAAUGAAAAUAUUUUAUAGUCUUAUUAAAGUUAAGAGCAAGUUAUUAUUACUAUCAGAAUUGGACAUACGACAUGUGUGAAGCUAAUUGAUCUUAAAAAUAGAAGUACAUUGAAGUCGAUCAGUACACAUUUAAUUCUAUCAUAUAUAUGUAUAUAUCUUUUAUUCACUUGUUUCUGAAUAAUUUCUGGAUAAAGAGAUGUUAAAGUUUCUUGCCGCAGUUAAGUGAAAUUACACAACGAAUUGUUAGGAAUUCAAUUGAUAUAAUUAUAAUUUUGUAAUCAUGGAAGUAAAUCUUUUUGAAUUUGUUUCAAUUCGUUUUACCAUGCGUGCGUAUGUGUGCUUUGUUAUUUGUUGUGCGUGUCUUUUGAUAUUUAUUGUAUUUUUUAUGUACGUGGAGUAACUCGUUCCUUUUUCGCAAUUAAGUAAUUUCUUGUUACUAUACUUUGACUAUAUCUUUCUUUUUUAAUGAUACUUUCUUAAUUAAUUAGGAACUUGUAUAUUACACUAUAUAUAUAUAAUGCGAGACUAGAAACAGCGUUUUAUAGUUCAUAGGACCCACUUACCAAUUUUCAGACUGACAACCAUGUACCAAAUGAACCAAAUAGCUCGUAGCUGAUGUAACCAAUUUUGUAAAUCACACAUCUCCUACUUCGCAACAUUCCACUUAAACUUAAAGUAAGACAAAAUCCAAUGCGGCCAAUCUAUGAUUUUGUUAAAAAACCAAGAGGCUUGGCUAAUUGGUAAUGAAUACUAAAUAUUAAAAAUUUUUGUACAUACGCACACCCGAUACGUAUAUACCCGAUGUAUAUACGCGUAGGCGUAUAAUCGAAAAGGGUUUCGAUGCAUUUGUAACAAUUUUAAUAUGAGUUAGUUAAUUACUAGUACAUAAUAAUACCUUAAGGAUAGACAUGCAACACUUAUAUAUUCGAACAUCUUAAAUUACGGUGUCAAAGACGAGAGAACUGGAUGAAAAGCACUCGAACGAUCCUUUCACAGCAUAGUAUAAAACUUAAUCGAUAAAAAUUUAAUCAAUAAAAUCUCUUCGAUAAAGAGAAGGGCAUAAAAUUUAGAGCGGUACAUCACGUGAAAUAAUUUCAAACAAUUAAAGCAUAAACGAUAAACGACAAGCUUGACCAAAAGCCGAAUAAUUAGCGAAAUAAUUCUAAACGACUGCAAUGACCGUGAAUGUUUAAUAUAAGUGCCUCAUACUAUUUUGAUCAUUUAUAUUUCCGACGUUAAUCGAAAUACUUAUAUUCUAUGCUUAUGAAAAUCAGCACAUUUCAGUGAAUUUAUACAUAUCUUUUUUUUCGAUUUCUCUCGUUUCUGGACGUUACACAAUUCGGCGUUAUGUUAAAAUGAAUCUGUAACGUCUACAUGGCGCCGAGUAUAAUAUGUAUUACCAUCAGAAAUUGAAAUGAACGCAUUUACUAUUUCUCCUUAGUUUAGUUCGAGAAGAAGAAAGAAGAGAUAUACGAUCCGAUAAGCGUGGUCGUGAGAGAAAGCGACGCUGCCAAGCUCCGCCAAAGCCGAUCUCUGCAGAGCUUACAUCGUUGAUAAUAAACGGAACGUCCAGAGAGUGUCACGUGAAAAUUUACGAUAUGCCAACAAGAAAGUACGAUAUUUUUCCACCGACGCGAUAUAUCCUAGCUCCGUAGUAUUGUACAGCACAACACACAAAUAAUAUAUUGUACAAGUGUAGUUACACAAACGCGGAUUACUUGCGGUUAAUCUGCGUUACAUUAGUGAGGAACGUUCUCCUCAAGCUCAAUAAUGUAUCUAGAAGAAAUGAAUACGAACGAUAGAGUUAGAAGUAAUCACCUGAUACAUAUAUAAAUAGCGGGACACUUUUAUAUCGCAAAAGAACUUCGUAGAUAGCAAAAAUACCUUUUCCAUCAUCCAGGCCGUUGGAGAACACAUGAAUUUAUGCGUGAUGUAAAUAUUUGCUUAUCUCUCGUUAUGUUAUUCCUAUUAAUUUCACAGGUAGAGAUUUAUCAGUAUUGUAGACAUUUAUUAUAUCGUAGACGAAGCAGCCGAAUGAUUAGCGAAAUUUCGGCUGCAGUUUUGUUAAUAUUUAUCGAGCAAAAAUAACGUAAAGAUAAAGCCAAAAGAAACUUGCGGGAGAUGAUAUCGUUUCUAAAUGCCAUUCUCUCGCUGAUUUAUACCUUUCUAUUGUAAAAUAAGCAUUAAAUCUUAGGAACUAGCACAAAGAUGAUCGUAGUUACUUAAAAUGAGUGAGACUUAAUUCAUACUCGAAUCGCGCAUCUUUAGACUCUAUAAACUUUUGUAAGACGCGCACUUUUGUAAGACGCGCGCGUUGUAAAAUAUAGCGGAGCGAGAUGAACAUCGAAUACCUGCAUCAGUAUUAUUAAAUUUAAGAAGACGAGCAUUCGAGACUUAAAAUCGACUCGUGAAGAACUCAAUGAAAGUCCUUCAUAGUGGUACUUAAUUCUUUAAGGUAGAAUAAUUCACGAUUCGAUGAUCGCACGACGCGCGUUCUUUUCUUCUAAGCAUUUCUCCAUCUCUUGCAGGAUUAACUACAUUAACUCUAUUGCAAACAUUAAUAUUUAAUAAGGUAUUAAAAUUAAUUAAUUAAUUAAUAGUAACAUCAAGUAACUCUUAUGAAAUACUUGACGCUUCACUGUGAAUUCGUUUUCUUUACUAAAAUUCGUAUAAUAUUUAAACUUCUCAAGUAAAGUGAUGCCAAAGGAUAAAAUAACGUCUAAUAAACGUUACUCCUGUUACUUGGAUUCCGUAACGUUUUAUCAUUUCUGUGAUAUAAUUUUUCAUGUUUGCGUAUGAGGUAACUCAUGAUAUUUAUAUAUAUGCCACCUGUAUACAUAUUAUAUAUAUCUUUUUUCUCCGCGGAGACUUAAGCAUUUCCUCGAUCGCGUGCGUAUGCGACCAUCGGAUCCUUUUGUAAGAAAUACUCUUUGUAAUGUACACGUUUAUACCUAUGUCACGUAUUACACGAUGUACUGUUAAUAAGUAGUUAAUAAUAAGGUAAUAUAUAACGACAAGUGUACUCAUCUUCGAAUAAAUUACGCAAUCGAUAUAUAUUGAGCAACGUGAAUUAUGUGCCAAAGCGUAAGAUAUAAAGAGAAUUAUACGUCGAGGAGGAUUCAACGCGAAAAAAUGUCUAAAUCACUUUAAUUUUAGAGUCGGCCUGAAUUCCGAUGCUCUCGAAGAAAUUUAUAUAUAAAAUUAUUCGCAACAGCGAAAACAGCAACAUUCGACAGCACUAACUUAUGAAUUAAUUGAAAAUUCGAACCGCUGAAACCGGUUUCGAGAAAAAAGCGCUUAAAAGCGCUUUUUACUAGUAGUGUAUACGACAAAUGUAUUAUUCAUCUUCGGAUAAAUUACGCAAUCGAUAUAUUGUGCAAUGUGAAUUAUGUGCCAAAGCGUAAGAUAAAGAGAAUUAAUGCCAUUGGCCUGACCGCGCCGAGAGUAUACGUCGAGAAGAAUAUUCAACGCGAAAAAAUUUCUAAAUCUAAUAUUUAUAUCUAAAGUUAUUCCCGAUAACAAAAUCAGCUAUGAUAUUGAAUCCAAUCCUUCUUUGAUUCAAUAAUCACAAUUUUUUCUGAAGCUGGGAAGAUCAAGAUCAAGAUCAAGAUUUUAAAACAGAUCCGUUGAAAAUCCACAAAAUCUUUCGAAAAUAUAAUUUAGUGAACCUAAAUGAAAUUUGGAAAAGCAAACCGAGUUUACGAUCAGCUCCUUGAAUCUUUUUGGCGGACACGGUCAGCUAAUGUACAAGUUAGUCACAUAAGCUCGCCUUGAUAUAAGAAUUGUUCAUCAUUAAGAUCGACAGAAAAAAAUAAGCAUUGACGUCCGAUAUUUGCAACGAAAUUCCGGAAAGACUUUCCUUCCGAUUUUCACGAAAUUUGAUGAACAUAUCUCAAACGUCGAGACUACAUUCGGGAUAUAUUCGAAAGGAUCUAAUUAAUUCAAAUAAAGUUUUGAUCAAGAUAACAUCGAAAUGUAAAUGUUUUGCGUAAAAUAAUACAAAAUGCGUGAAGCGUUCCUGAUAGAUUAAACAUUUGCUUUAAUCAACAUUUAAAAUCUUUCCACGUACAAUAUAUACUCAUUUAUAAGACAUUUUUACUAAAUCUCAUGAUAAUCGGAGACCUUUUCGGAAUUUCACCUGAUAUUUGUUUUAGAUAUGUUUCGUCGUAGUAAAUCAUUCGCAUUAAUGAUAGUGUCUAAUGUUAUCACAGUAUAUUUGUCAUGAUCGCAAUGACUAGGAUAAUAAUCGCUGUAAUGAAUGAUGUCGCUCAAAGUGCCGAAUAAAGGAGACGAACGCAAGUCGCGAUAACAUAUUUAUUCAAAAGCAUAUGUAUCUUACAAUAAUAUUCUUUAUCGUACAAUAUUAUACUUUAUACUUAUUUUUUUAACUUACGCUAUCUCACCCAUAUUUUCGUCUUUUAAUAUAAAUUGGUAUACAAUUAUGCUCUCAUAUGCGGUGAGAAGGCUGUCAAAAUUUUACAUGUCAAAUUCCACGUGUCCUAUCAUAAUUUUGUUAAAAUCUUGCUUUUAGAAAAGUAUAUUUGCAGUUAUUUUAUUUUUAUUUUCUCUCAAAUAAAUUGUUGAUUUACUACUCAAGCUGAAGAACAUUAGUACGAUAUCUUGAAACACUCGAAAAUUUACUUGGCACCUCUUGAAUCAGAGUUUUCUCUUUUUCUAUUGUAAAAUUUGUUUCAUUAAAAUAAAACUUUGGAAAAAGUACCUAUGUCAUAUAAGAGAUAUUUUGUGAUAACGAGCCCCGGUCUCCCCUAACAUCAGCUCUUCUUUCCUGUUUUUCUUCUUAUUACUAAGUUUCCAUACAAUUAAUUUUUGUUUCGCCCAUGAAAAGUCUACAAAUAAUCUCAAAUAAAUAAAGAUAGGCAUUAAGAGUGAGAAACAUUACACGAAUUAUUCUGACACUCAUCAAUUAUCUGCUUUUUGUGUCAUAGAAUCAGAAUUUAUUCGCAUAAAAUGUUUUAAAGUUAUCUUAAAACAAUACCUUAAAGAUAUCAUAAAUAGGAACAUAAGAUGUCGUACCAGAGAUAUCUUUCUAACAAUUUAAUAAGAUAUCUUCAAAAUUUUAAGACAAUAUAUCAUAAUACUUUCUAGGACAGAUAUAGAAAUGUGAUGAACGCGUUUUAUUAAAAAUAAAGAUUAUUUCAUUCGAUAAAUAAAUCUCGAAUAUUACCAAGUUCAAUGAGUCUAACAGCGUUAUAAUUUCGGUAUCAGAAAAUAUUCAGUUAUUUGUUCAACUUUAACCUUGCAAUAAGACGGCAACGCGAGUUGCCGCUACACAACAAUGAAUUUCCGGAAAUCUCGAGUUCUAAUAUUCGAUAAGUGUCUAUUUACAAGUAUGCAGUACAAAGUUUUACAAUAUUAUGUAAAUGUGUAUGUACACAUGUGGCAAAAAAGUAUUCGGGUUCUUUUGAAUUUUUACUUAAUAAUUUUACUUUAUAUUUUUUGCUAGAGAUGUGAAAGAAUCCUUAUCGAUAGGAAUACAUGUAUAUUGCAUUGAUGAAACACUUUCGAUUAAAAUAAGCUUGAUGUAAAGAUAAUAGUUAUAAUAUCAACAGAAAUUUAAUCAAAGUUCCAUAGUGUUAGUUAUGUUUUAGUGAAUUAUUAUCUUUCAAUAAGGGUAAAAUCAAUCGAAAGCUCACGAUUCAACGCGGUAUAACAUUCCUCUUGACAAGAAUUCUACAAUAUCUCUCUUAAAACAUGUUCAGGACAAUUAAAGGAAUACGAAUACUUUUGUGAAUCACUGCAUUGCUCCAAGAUAGACGCUAUAGAUACAUUCGGUCACUCGCAAUCAUCUCUCUU